AUGAAGCUGAGCAGGAGGCGUCUGGUGAUGGGGACUCUGCUGGGCACAGCCUUUGGGGCGCUGCUGAUACUGCUGGUGGGUCAGUUUGUAGAUUUCCAGACUCUUUCCUCAGAUUUGAAGCCCUUGGUCUCCACAGAGCCAGCUGGGGGGUCUUUGAGUCUUCCUCUAAGGAAGUUUGAGUGGAAGACUCGGACACCACAUCCCUGGGAACUGAAGUACCCUUACCCCUACCCUUUCCUAGUCACCCACCCUAAUAAGUGCAAAGGUCCCAGAGGUGCCCCCUUCCUGCUCAUGCUGGUGAUGACUCGGCCCCAGGAUGUGGGGAUACGCCAGGCCAUCCGGCAAACAUGGGGCAAUGAGACCUUGGUUCCUGGUGUGGUCAUCCUCCGCCUCUUUGUUCUUGGCCUGCCGCAACCCCUCUUUGCUGAGAAACUUCAGGCCCUCCUGGAGGAGGAGGACAGGGAGCAUGGGGAUCUCCUCCAGGUGGGCUUCCUGGAUACAUACCACAACUUGACUCUCAAGGUCCUCAUGGGGCUGGAGUGGAUGGCCCGGUACUGUCCCAGUGUCCAGUAUGUGCUCAAGGUGGACAGCGAUGUAUUUCUAAACCCCAGCUUUCUGGUGCGGCAGGUGCUUCAGCCCAAUGGACCCCCACGGCCUAACUUUACCACAGGUUACAUUUACACAAAUACAGGCCCUCUUCGGAACCCAGCUUUCAAGUGGUAUAUGCCUCCAGAGCUAUACUUGCAGGACAAGUACCCUCCCUAUUGUGGGGGUCCCGGCUAUGUUCUUUCUGGAUCUUUAGCCCUUAGGGUCCUGGCUGUGGCCCAGACUCUCAAAGCCAUCUACUUGGAGGAUGUGUUUGUGGGCUUGUGCCUACAGCGUCUGGGGGUAAAGCCUACUCCUUCUUCCCCUGAAGCCUUCCUGAUGUUUCGACUACAGUAUGAACACUGUGCCUUCCACCGACUUGCCCUGGUUCACCACUUCCAGUCCCAAGAACUGCUGCAAAUUUGGCCAGACUUCCAGAGGGUCAAUAGGACCUGCAAUGUGGCAUGA